GUGGAUAGAUUAUUAAGACAAAAGGUGAAAUAUAUUUCACACGCUCAUCACUCGUCUCACACCACUGAUAAACUCUUACCUGUCUUUGAUUUUCUCAAAUAUUUAUGUGACCAUAACGCCUUCUUUUCAUUCGACAGCUUCCCAGUUUGGUAAUUUCGUGUAUUAUCUACUUGUAUUUGAGUUUUUUUAGUUGAAGGAAAAUGGCAACUGAGCAGCCCCAGAAAGUGGAAAUUGAGACGCCGGCUGUACCUGCUCCGGCGCCCGAGAAAGUUGUUUCACUUCCUCCAGCUGAGGAGGAGAAGCCUGUGCUUCCUCCUGCUGAUGAUGCCAAAGCUCUCGCUGUUGUUGAAAAGAUUCCAGAUUCUGCUGAAAAGAAAGCUCCCGUAGAACCUCAUGAUCGAGAUGUUGCUCUUGCGGAUCUCGAAAAAGAGAAGAGGUUGUCCUUUAUCAAGGCCUGGGAGGAGAGUGAAAAAUCUAAAGUUGAGAAUAAGACACAAAAGCAACUCGCUGCAGUCAAUUCAUGGGAGAACACCCAGAAAGCCAAAAUUGAAGCUAAAAUCAAAAAGAUAGAGGAAGACCUUGAGAAGAAGAAAGCAGCCUAUGCAGAACAAAUGAAAAACAAGACAGCUAUGGUUCACAAGGCAGCAGAAGAAAAGCGAGCCAUGGUUGAAGCCAAACGAGGAGAAGAUUUAUUAAAAGCAGAGGAGAUGGCAGCAAAACAUCGUGCAACCGGUUAUGUCCCUACGAAAUUUCUUGGGUGCUUUGGGGGUUAAGGUUCUCUCACAGUUGAAGACAAAUUUCCAGCUUUUCACGGUGUAUCAUUUAAACUUUUUUGCCAGUGUUUCUGUUUUUGUGUGUGUAUUAUGUAUAUAUGCAUUUUGAAAGUCUUUGUAUGCUCUGUAUCUUGUUUUCUUAUGCCUUGUGUGUAAACAACUAUGACAUCAAUUAAAUAAUUCGAAGUUCAGCAACAUUCAUAAA